GUGAAAUCUGAGUUUAUUAUGAGCGUCAGGCGCGUUUAAUUUAUAGACUAAAUUAAAUUGAUUCACAUUUGUGUACAAAAUUGGCCUUCAAAAGUAAGAAAGAUUAUAAGUCUGAAAUUUAAGUUGAUGUACCUGGCCUUUGAUUUUUCUCAUUUCUUGGUGGAACUUCAUACAUCAUUUUCUGUUCAAAAGAAUAAAAAAAGGAGCAUUUUAUCGUUGGUUGAUUUUUACUUUCCCUUUUUUUUCUUCUUCUGUUUUCUCUAUUUUCGUUUUAGAGCAGAAUAAAAAUAUAGUCGUACCGCAGCUCUUUUUAUUUGAAAAUUCUAAUCUAUUUCGAAGACGGCUCUGCUAUUUUUAUAUACAAAACGACCGAAAAGCUCGAUACAACUAAAUAACAAUGUCUUCUAUGGAUACACCAUCCUUUGACCCGUCAGAUUAUUCUUACGUUAUCGGCAUAGAUUUUGGCACAACUUUCUCAGGUUGUUGUUAUGCUUUCUCAAAAGAUGGAAAUGAUGAAAUUAUCGAUAUUACUAAAUGGCCAAAACAACAAAACGUAUAUCCUAAAACACCUACACUAUCGCUUUAUCGAAAUGGUUCGACAAAGUUAGUAGCCUGGGGACAAGAUGCCAAAAAGACUGCUAUGAAACGCAACAAUAACGAUCAACUACUUUCGCGAUUCAAACUACAGCUAGAUGAGAAUCUCAAUCUACCACCUUUACCCAACGGCCUCACUGCUUUGGAAGCCAUCACUGAUUAUCUGGAAGCUUUUCAUUCCCAUGUUUGCAAAGAUCUUCAGCGUGGAUUUGCCAAUAACUAUGAUCAGAGUAAAUUCCGUUAUUGUCUAACAGUACCUGCCAUGUGGAGUGAUCAGGCCAAAGCAACAAUGAGAGAAGCAGCCAUUCGUGCCAACAUUAUCAAUAGAUGGGAUCAUCCCAACCGCCUUAUGCUUAUCAGUGAACCUGAAGCUGCGGCACUUUAUUGUGAAAAGAAAUGUGAUCAAUUUAAUCUGGGACAUGGUCAACGAUUUUUGAUAUGUGAUGCUGGCGGUGGAACAGUAGAUUUAAUUGUAUUCGAAAUUGACGAUUCUGGUGAACGAAGAGCCUUGAAAGAAGUGACAAAGGGUUCGGGUGAUUCUUGUGGUUCGACAUUUUUGGAUAUUAGAAUGAGAGAAUAUUUGAAAGAUAGAUUUUACCAUCAUGGUAAAAUAAGUGAUACUGCGAUGGAGUCUAUGAUGGAGACCUUCAUUGAUACGAUCAAGCCUGAAUUUGACGGAGAUGAAGAUCAGUAUCUAGCAUUACCUGCAGCACUGGGUAUAGAAGGUGUGGACGAUCCUGAAGCUGGUAUUGAAGACGAACAAGUCCAGCUUUCAACCACUAAACUUGACGCAAUUUUCUUAGUUGGUGGAUUUGGUCAAUCGACAUAUUUAUAUCGACGUGUCCUAGCCGAAUUUCAGUCCCGAGUAGGCUUCAUUGGUGUACCUCCUCGUGGUGAAUUGGCUGUGGUACGUGGUGCGGUCUAUUUUGGGCUUAAUCCUCAUAUGGUUACAGAACGUGUGUCGCGACGUACUUAUGGUUUAGAAACACGUAUGGUGUUUGAUCCACGACAUGAUCCACCUGAGCAAUGUAUUAAAGGUGAUGAUAAUCGACUGUUCUGUAAACAGCGAUUUAGCGUGUAUGUACAGAAGGGACAAUCCAUUAGUGUCGAUUAUUGUGUUUCAAAGAACUUUAUGAUUGCCUAUCCGAAUGAUACAGAUACAGAUUUAUUCGCUUAUGACGGCGAUGGGCCCAUACCCCGUUUAACCACUCACCCUCAAGUAUUCAAAGUCGCUCGAUUCCCUAUCAAAAUGCCGAAGUUCUCUGAUGUACAAAAAGGGCAGCCAAUAUUCAUGACGAUCAAAAUGUAUUUUGGUCAAACAGAGAUCAAGAUAGAGGCCCAUAUACGAGAUAGAAAAUUUACCUUCACAUCUGCUUUUGAAACCGUGGAAAGAGAAAUGAUGCAUUCGAUCAACUCUCAAGUCAAUAUGCUUUCGAUAAAACCUAAUCAUAGUUCAAGUAAUAUCGACAAUGAUGGAGAUAGUGGACAUCAUAGUGGUGGGUAUCAGCAAAGAGGCUACAUAGGAAACGACAAUAUGAGUGGUGGGUCAAAUAGCUCGACCCCUUAUGUUUCGCGUCCUCCUUCUGCACGUGAUAAUGGUUAUCCUACCCCCAUGUCGUCACAUAACGGUAUCGCCAACAGAAAUAAUAGAGAAGAUGAUGGUACGUUUUACGAUGGUGACUCGAGACAUUCUUCUGUAGUUAACGGAGGCAGUAGUGGUAGCUCGAGGAAGAUUUUCGGUAUCAAGUUCGGUAAAAAACGAUAAAAAGUUUUUUAUCCCUGAAACAGAGAAAAGAUCAAUGCCUUUGAAUCACAAAGCAAAAUUACUUAUAUCCUUACUUUAAAAUAUAACAACAGAAAGCCUUAAUCGAUACUCCUUCUAAAUACUCUAUCAGUAAAAUUUAUACUCACCUUCCCUCGCCCCAAUCUAUCCUUAAAUCAAAGUACCAAAGUCUAUUAAUAUAUUCAACUUCACUUAACGUUUAUCUUAAUAUUUAACCAUAAUGUUCAACCGAGUAAAUUAUUUCACUAUGUGUUUUACAAGUCCUCUGAA